AUGAAAAGUGCUUUAGAUGAUUUCAAUAUAGCAGCCUGCCAAAUUGAAAGUGCAGUUUUUGAUGGCGUGUACUUUCAUUGCAGUGUUCAAAAGCAUUUCAAUGCAUUGUAUGGACUGAAAGAUGGUGACAUCUUGUACAGCUAUGAUACUUUGCACAAAAGUGGACUUGUUGACACACAUAUGUGCAAAAAGAAAGAAUUUGCAUGGGUUGCUGAAAUCACCCAGAUUUGUCAGCAGGUAAUUCAAUGAUUCAUUUAUCAUUAUUCCUAGUCUCCUAGCCCUCAUAGUCAUAAAAUUACAUAUAAUAUAAUAUAAUAUCAUAUCAUGUCAAUGAUGUCAAAUGACUCAAAUCAUGUCAUGUCAAUGAUAUCAUAUCACAUAUGAUAUCAUAUCAUCAUAUUUCAUAUAUCAUAAUAAUCAUAUAAUAAUUGAAUAAUAUGUACUGUACGGUACCUGCAAUCAAAAACUAGCCUGGCCCACCUUGUAUUUAAUGUAUUAUUUUAGUCAAUUAUGAAUUAUGUCAUAAUAUCAACUUGGCCAAUAAUCAAUAAAUGCUUUACCAUGUUAGUUCUAAUUAUUUAAGCUUUGUCAAUUUAUUGGAAUAGCAUAAUUAGAACAAACUCUAUAUUUACUAAGUCUACUUAUUAUGUCUAAUUUGUUACAGGUGUUCCAUUUGUUCAACUGGGGGCCCAAUUACGAAAAACUGGUUAAAGCCACAGUGUUAUGGAAGCUCCAUCUAAGAAGCUUGGUGGGCUUUUCGGAGACAAGAUUUGCCAAUAGCAGACGACAAGUCUACAUAAAUAUACAUCAUGAAUUCCCUGCUAUUAUUAGUUGCUUAGAGGAACAAAUUCUUGAUGGUGUGAAGAGGAAUUCAGAUGCCAGAGCAAGAGAAAGGGUACACAAAGCUAAAGAGAUAAAGGGGAAAAUACUAAAUGUGUAUUUUCUUUUCUUAUUGUCUGGCCUAGCAGACCUGUAUGGCCAGUUUGGUGUUGUUGUAAACAUAGCCCAGAUGGUCCACUUGCUACCGCAUGAAAGGUACAAGCUUUUUGUGGAAGCUGUAGAUCUUUUGGAAAAAAUGAAGGAAUGCCUCAAUGAUCAUACCAAAUGUGACUCGCUAGCACCAAAAGGCAAGAAGGAAAGAUGUCUGUGGCCUUUGAAUCAUGGAGAUAAAACAAGUUUUAAGAAAAAGAAUGAAAUAAGAGACAUCCCCAUCAUUUUGCAACAUGGAAUUCAGGCAGCGGGUCUGCAGAUCGAAACAAGAAGACAAAGAAUUGACAUGGCUGCUAUGGACAAUGAUGCAGACAAGAUUUCUGACAAUAAGUUAUUAUCCUUGUUGGAAGAAAUACACACUGGCCUUAAAUGA